AUGGCGGAAUGGAUCAGGGAUAAACGUAAAGCGGUGGCCAAGUUCACUGAGAAUGGCUUACUGGGCGAAGAUGGUAUUGAACGAGAGGCUGAUACGAUUGUGUGUGCUACUGGGUUUGAUACGUCUUACCGGCCGAGGUUCCCUAUUAUUGGCGAGGGAGGCCUUGGUCUGGCCGAGAAGUGGAAAAGCUGGCCGGAAUCAUAUCUUGGGCUGGCAAUUCCAGGGCAAGGCUCGGUUAUCGGGCCUCUUGUUGAAGUUGGCAAUGAUGCUGUCAAAUUAAUAAAAAAGAUCCAAAACGAAUAUAUUCGCGCGAUCGCACCCCGUCAAGACGUUACAGAUGCCUUCAAUGAACAUGUACAGGAAUGGGUCAAGCACACUGUCUGGAGUGAUGAUUGCCCGCAUUUCUUGGGUUUGGGCAAGGUGUUGGCAAGUGUCGCUGAAGGCUAUGGCCGCAGUCCGUAUCUGUUCAUGGAAGCGAUUGAUCCAGCGUGGUUGGACGAGAUCCAAGGGAGAGGGAGAGGAACAGAAGCAAAGAUCGGACCUGAUAGUUAA